AAUCAACCACAACCAUUCCUCUAACACUUUGCAUUAUAAUUUAUAACCAUCCUAACCCUUUUUUCCAACCCCUAGUGUUCUAUACCUCUACUGUUGAAUACUAUUUUGUUGCUUCGGCUAACAAAAAGGUUCAAAGCAAAGAAAAUAUGGUGAUGCUUUUCGGGUCUGAAAGUGAUAGAAACGGUUCUCAAAAUGGGUUAUCUUCAUCUCCAAUGAAAAAAUACGAUUCCACCAUAGUCACUGGUGAAUUGGAUAUAUGGAGUUCAAUCUUGACCCAAAAAAAGAAAGAUGAAGCUUCACAAUCAAAAACUCCUCCUUAUAUUCACCCACUUGUGAAAAAUUCACAAAAUUAUUUAAGUGAAAAGAGUCUUGAAAUGUGCACUGAGAUUCUUGGAUCAGAAAAUGGAUCAGAUGGGUUCUUUUCUUCUUACACAUCAUUUGAAGAUAAUAAUUCCAAGGAUGGUGAAAAAUUGAAAGAAAAGGUGAACAUGGUGAAGAAACCACGUUGUUUUCCUCCUCCACUUCCUUUACUCUUUAGUCAAAGUCAACCACUCAAAAUGAGGCCCCACCGUGACAAUGGAAGAUUGUUUUUGUUCCUAGAAGUAGUGUCGGUUCCAUCACAUAACAACUUCUUGGCUAAGCGACAAAAUGGUCGCCUUAUACUCACAUUUGCUAAUGAAGAAGAGAAAAUUGUUGAUGACUUUGAGCAACAUGGUUCAUUGCCAAGGUCAUUGCCUUUGAUCAAUGUUGUUCCUUUGAUUCCUAAUGAUCAACAAAAUAGUAUUAGCAACAAGGUUAUUGUCUAUAGGAACAUGAACAUAUAUCAAGGUUCAAAUGAAGCAUCAAAAGAUUUACAACACUUGUUUGUUUUGAGUGAGAAAAAUAAGGAUUACUUGGUUCACAAUUUUGGGUUAUGCAAAGCUUCUAGAGCUACAAGGUCUUUUCUUUUAAGGGACCCUUGCUACGUACAUUGCUACUUGACCACUCUUUUAUUAUUUAUUUAUUCAUCCAUGUCAUGUCAUUUUAUCUCCUUUAAAAGAUAAUGGAAAGGGAGAGAAAAUUAUCAUAUUUGUAAAUUAU